AUGGCCAGUGAAGCAAGAGCGCCGUUCCCUCCCUUUACCCAAGAGACCGCACAGCAGAAGGUGAAGGCUGCACAAGAUGCGUGGAAUACCAGAGAUCCGCAGAAAGUGAAGAUGGCCUACACUCCAGACUCUAUCUGGCGGAACAGGGACCAGUUUCUCCAGGGCCGUGACGAGAUCGCAAAGUUCCUAGAGGACAAAUGGUCCAAGGAGGACGGCUACCGUCUGCGCAAGGAGCUGUUUGCUUUCCGAGACAACAAGAUCGCUGUCCAGUUUUGGUACGAGUACUUUGACGAAUCCGGCCAGUGGUGGCGAUGCUAUGGCCUUGAGGACUGGACAUUUGCCGAGAACGGGCUUAUGCGGAAGAGGAUGAUGAGCGGGAACGAUGUCAAGAUCUCCGAGGAGGAGCGGUGGUACAAAGACGGCGUGGAUGUGAACUCGGUCGACAUCAGUGAGAAGCAUUGGUGA